ACUUACUAUAUAUGCUGUAUCUCCUUCUCAAUAAAUAUCUCAAUUCGAUAACUCUCUUCCUCUGGACUCAACCCUCCACUAGCACAGCCUUCAUCCAGCUGAUCACCAAAGGGAAUUCUCUAAAAUGAGACUCAAUCAUCUUUUGGUGCCUGUGUGCUUACUAAUUACGACAUGCUCUUUAGUUCCUGCUUCCUCUGAUGAUUUAGUGAGAAUUGGUUUGAAGAAGCAACCCUUGGAUCUUCAUGGCCUUAAGGCUGCUAGGAUGUCAAGAAUGCAAGGAAAAAAUGGGAAGAGUUUGAACGCCUUGCGUCCUCAUGCCUCGGAUGUAGACAUAAUCUCUCUAAAGAACUACAUGGAUGCUCAGUAUUAUGGAGAGAUUGGCAUUGGUUCUCCCCCGCAGAAAUUCACAGUCAUAUUUGAUACUGGCAGUUCCAAUCUCUGGGUUCCCUCAUCAAAAUGCAUAUUGUCUAUCGCUUGCUUAUUCCAUCACAAGUACAAGCAUACAAAGUCCAAAUCAUACGAGGAAAAUGGGAAUUCUUGCACAAUACACUACGGGUCUGGAUCAGUUUCUGGCAUCCUUAGUCAAGAUAAUGUUAAAGUUGGCGAUCUUGUGGUUGAAAAGCAAAUUUUCAUGGAGGCUACUAAAGAAGGGAGUCUUACAUUCAUAUUGGCACAUUUUGACGGGAUACUUGGGCUUGGGUUCCAGGAAAUUUCAGUUGGGGAUGUAGUGCCAGUCUGGUACAAUAUGUUGGAACAAGGUCUUGUAACGGAAAAAGUCUUCUCUUUCUGGCUAAAUCGAAACACGGAUGCAAAAGACGGUGGUGAGCUUGUUUUUGGUGGAGUGGAUCCAAACCACUUCAAGGGGAAGCAUACUUAUGUUCCCAUCACUCAAAAGGGUUACUGGCAGUUUGAAAUGGAUGACUUUAUGAUUGGAAACCAUUCAACAGGUUAUUGCAAGGGUGGAUGUGCUGCUAUUGUGGACUCUGGAACAUCCUUGCUUGCUGGCCCAACAGGUGUUAUCACUCAAGUGAACCGUGCAAUUGGAGCAGAAGGUGUAGUGAGCAUUGAAUGUAAGCAAGUAAUUUCCGAUUAUGGAGAGCAGAUCUGGGAUCUCUUAGUUGCAGGGGUACAACCUGACAAAGUUUGUUUACAGAUUAGUUUAUGUGCUCCCAAGGGGGAUCGGUCUGCCAGUGCUAAUAUCAAGCAAGUAGUCGAAGAAAACAAGGAGCAUAUUUCUGUGGGGGAUGAUCUUGUUUGCACUGCUUGUGAGAUGCUCGUGUAUUGGGUCCAGAACCAGCUGAAAGAAAAGGAUACCAAGGAUCAGGUGUUUGAUUAUGUAAAUCAGCUUUGUGAGAGCCUGCCAAGUCCAAUGGGAGAAUCAGCAAUCGACUGCAACACCUUGUCGAAGAUGCCAAAUGUUACAUUCACCAUUGGAAGUAAAAAUUUCACCCUCACUCCUGAACAGUAUGUUCUAAAAACUGGGGAGGGACCUGCUACUCUCUGCGUCAGUGGGUUUAUUGCUUUGGAUGUGCCUCCACCUCGUGGUCCUCUGUGGAUUCUUGGAGAUGUCUUCAUGGGGGUGUAUCAUACUGUGUUUGACUAUGGCAACGUACAACUGGGCUUUGCCGAAGCUGCUUGAUAGACACAAUGCAUCUUUUAUCCUCUCAAGUAUCGUCCUGAAAUCAUCAUCAGUCACUUCUGAGAAAUUUAGAAAUGUUGUAAAAUAGUAAUGAACAUAAAAAUAAUACAUGAAUUGGGUGAUGUGGUGAUUUUCUAUGUAAUAAUAUGUUGCUUAAAGAUGAAUGCUGUUUGAUUAAUUGCCAAUGUACUUAGCAGAACAUUUCCAUUUUCUUCAUAUAUAUUAUACACUUGAGUAA